GAAAAACCAGAUCAUGACAACGAACCUCUGGGUAGAACAGUACUGGUACGACUACAAGCUCAUCUGGGACCCUGACGAGUACGGAGGAGUGAAGAUGCUUCACGUGCCUUCAGAUCAUAUCUGGAGGCCUGAUAUUGUACUCUACAACAACGCUGACGGUAACUUCGAGGUAACGUUAUCAACCAAAGCGACGCUACACAUGACUGGUCUGGUCGAGUGGAAGCCGCCAGCCAUCUACAAGUCCUCGUGCGAGAUCGACGUCGAAUACUUUCCCUUCGACGAGCAGACCUGCGUCAUGAAGUUUGGCUCCUGGACCUACGAUGGCUUCCAGGUCGACUUACGUCACGUCGACGAGAAGGAAGGUACCAACGUUGUCGACAUGGGCGUCGACCUCACUGAGUUCUACAUGUCGGUCGAGUGGGACAUCCUGGAGGUGCCAGCAGUGAGGUGA